GACAAGGGUGUUGUGUGAAACUUGACUUGAAUGUUUAAUGACGGGGGCCUUUUGGCAGGCACCCGACAGAACUCGAUCACUCUGCCAGUGGCUCGCAUCUGCGUAAUAUCUUAAAGGCAGCCAGGAGAGGGAAAGGUUGCAGAGCGCGUGGAAGAUUUGUGCCACGUGAAACGUUUAUCCACCGUGCUGCUACAAGGAACGGGAGCAACUCGUCAGCCACCAUGCGUACGAUCGUGGCGCUUGCCUUGAGCGCCACUUUGCUGUUUUUAAUGGCAGAGUCGACUCCGAUCCUGACGCAGGAGCAGGCCAACCAGAUUCUGCGCAGCAAGCGCAGCCCCCCGGACCACGGCUACCCCAACCCCAAGGCUGGGCACGCCGAUGAGCCGAUGCGGGAGUACCUGAUGCACCUGCAGGUGCUGGAGGCGCGUGUGGAGGAGCGUAACCUGGAGCACUGGCUCAACCCGCACUGCCUGCCGCACUGCAACCGCAACUACGUGCACCCGGUGUAGACGGACGCCCGGCACGCGCCACUCCCGUGCCAAGGAGAAGGGAGAGGGGGGGGGCUCACUGUGCCAAGACCGACGGAAGAUGUGAGAAGAAGAAGUCCCCGCGCGCGGUGAAUAACCGCGCGCGAACGCUUCGACUUUGUGAUCGCUCAACUCGAGCUCACGCUGGGUGAGAGGCGUUCACACGGGGCGAGGCCAGUUCAUGUUUUGUCAUUAUUCAGCGCAUAAUGCAAUGUGCACAAAUAUACGUGGUAUUUUUUCCAGGGUUUCUCAAACUCCAGUCCUUGCGAGCCACCACGUUUACCGAUUCACCAACUUGCUCAUUCCAUUCAAAUACAAAUGUACUCGUUUCACCCUGCACGAGUCCGAUGAUUAUUUAACACGUCCCACGUGCCGCGAAAUAUGCAAUUAACGCUGGCUGGGUCACGUGGAACACGUGCACACACGGACACGAAAACACGUGUACACACACGUAUACACGCACACUGAGAUUUCAAUCUUGAUUUGAAUCGCCUCUUAACGCAGAUAGCGUUACGUGGAACGUGUUUAACAAUCAUGUGGCUUGUACAGCGUGGAACGAGUUCACGUGUAUAUGAACGGGAGGACUAAAUUGGUAAACAUGACUGCUGGAGUUUGGGAAACGCUGCAUUAUUCACUGCAUAAUUACAUAUUUUUAUCACGCAUAAAUCAAUGUUCACACUAUACAUUUAUAAUAUACUAGGGUGAUCCAUUAUAGUUCACUGAAUUCUAACGACCCUCUUGCUUCGGUCUGAACGUGUUUGUAAGCAAAUAAGACUAGCUACGUCAGACAAGGUGCAUCGGCAGAGUGCUUAAUGAUGGAAUGAGUCGAUUGUGAUUGGUGGGAGAACGGUGUAGAGGCUCUGAAUAACGAUGUAGUUGUAUCUGUCAUUUAUCCCUGUCACCCUUCACAGUAGUGCUAGUCAACGUCUUGGGAAGGCCUUUAUCCAGCAGUGGAUCGAUCAUGGCUGCUGUUGAUUAUUAUUUUCAAAGGAUAUCUAUAAAUUGGAUCUCCCUGUAUAUUUACAUAUUUUUAAUGGCUCAAAUAUGUACUAUAACCCUAAUGUUUAUCUAACAUAGUCUUUUUUUGUAUCUCGUGUUACAGCAGAAUGUGUUGUGGAAAAUGUAUCAUUCUUUUAAAAUACAUUCAUAACAAUUGUCA